CUCCUUGCCUCCCUGCUGCUGCUUGAGAGAGGCAUGUUCUGUCCGUCCUCCCCGCCCGCUGGGCUGUCGGAGAAGGCCUUCCGGUACAUCGAUCUCCAUCAGAACGAGUUUGUACAGACGCUUAAGGAGUGGGUGGCUGUGGAGAGCGACUCGGUUCAGCCCCAGCCCCGCCUCAGACGGGAGCUCUUCAGAAUGAUGACGCUGGCUGCGGACAGGCUCCGGCGCCUGGGAGCCAGCGUGGACUCCGUGGACCCGGGUGUUCAGCAGCUGCCUAAUGGUCAGAGUCUCCCGAUACCUCCCAUCAUCCUGGCUGAACUGGGGAAUGAUCCAAAGAAACCCACUGUUUGCUUCUAUGGCCACUUGGAUGUGCAGCCUGCUAGACAGGAAGAUGGGUGGCUCACAGACCCUUACACGCUGACGGAAGUGGAUGGAAAACUUUAUGGACGGGGAGCAACGGACAAUAAAGGCCCUGUUUUGGCGUGGAUUAAUGCCGUGAGCACCUUCAGAUCCCUGGAGGAAGAUCUCCCUGUGAAUAUCAAAUUCGUCAUUGAAGGGAUGGAAGAAGCCGGUUCCGUUGGCCUGGAGGAAUUGGUCAGAAAGGAGAAGGACCGGUUCUUUUCCAGUGUAGACUACGUCGUUAUUUCAGAUAAUCUGUGGCUCAGCCAGAGGAAGCCAGCCCUCACUUAUGGCAUGCGAGGAAACAGCUACUUCAGGGUGGAGGUGAGAUGCAGAGAUCGAGAUUUUCAUUCAGGAACGUUUGGGGGUAUCCUCAGUGAACCCAUGGCUGAUUUGGUUGCUCUUCUUGGUAGCCUUGUAGACUCCUCUGGUCAUAUUCUGAUCCCUGGAAUCUAUGACCAGGUGGCCCCUCUUACUGAAGAGGAGAGAAAGAUGUAUGAAGCCAUCGAUCUGGACCUAGAAGAAUACCGGAAGAGCGUCCAGGUUAAGAGAUUUCUGUUUGACACCAAGGAGGAGAUUCUAAUGCACCUAUGGAGGUACCCAUCUCUUUCAAUCCAUGGGAUUGAGGGCGCAUUUGAUGAGCCUGGAGCUAAAACAGUCAUCCCUGGCCAAGUUAUAGGAAAAUUUUCAAUCCGUCUGGUCCCUCACAUGAAUACAUCUGUGGUGGAAAAACAGGUAACAAAUCAUCUUGAAUAUAUAUUCUCCAAAAGAAAUAGUUCCAACCAGAUGGCUGUUUCUAUGACGCUAGGACUACAGCCAUGGAUCGCAAAUAUUAAAGAUAAACAGUAUCUUGCAGCAAAAAGAGCCAUCAAAACAGUGUUUGGAACAGAGCCAGACAUGAUCCGGGAUGGAUCAACCAUACCAAUUGCCAGAAUAUUCCAGGAUACCAUCCAAAAGAGUGUGAUGAUGCUCCCGCUGGGCGCUGUUGAUGAUGGGGAGCACUCUCAGAAUGAGAAAAUCAACAGGUGGAACUACAUAGAGGGAUCCAAAUUAUUUGCUGCCUUUUUCCUAGAGAUGGCUAAGCUGCAUUACUAGUGACAGGAGCCUUCCAGCUUAGAUCUGACCUACUGACAGAUACCCUCUCCCACACACCUGCGCAGGAACAGAAUCUAAAGAUCCAGAGAAUUUCAGUCCAGGAAAUAAUGUUUUUCCUUCCCAUUUAAAAUGUCUUAGGACAUUUGGACCAGUAAUAAAAUAUUUUAAAGUCACAGACAUUGGAAAUGGCAUACUGUUCCCAUGGCACACCUUUCCAAAGUCAUCCCUACCAGCAACAUCUCCCCAAGUCAGCUGCCAGAGCCCUGGGACUGGACUCUUUCCUUGGAGCACCAGGACAGUUCUU